UAAAAAGCACCGAGAGACGGAAAGCUCCGAGCCUCGCCGUUUAGCGUUGGGGCGGGUGUGAGCCGCGUUGUAGCGAUCUGCUCGCGGAGCCGGCGGUAGGAAAAGCGAACGGUUCCGUCAGGCGAACGCCGAGGGCAUCCCGGCGCCCGGCGAAGGCCCCCGGAGGGGUCCUUGGCUGACGGAGACGGACGGAGCGGGGCGGCGGCCGCGAUGAACCUGGAGCUGCUCGAGUCCUUCGGCCAGAACUACCCCGAGGAAGCCGAUGGCACGUUGGACUGCAUCAGCAUGGCUCUGACCUGCACCUUCAACCGCUGGGGCACGCUGCUCGCCGUGGGUUGCAACGACGGCCGAAUCGUCAUCUGGGAUUUCCUCACCAGGGGAAUCGCCAAAAUCAUCAGCGCCCACAUCCACCCCGUCUGCUCCCUCUGCUGGAGUCGGGAUGGCCACAAACUGGUGAGUGCUUCGACUGAUAACAUCGUGUCGCAGUGGGAUGUGCUGUCUGGGGACUGUGACCAGAGAUUCCGAUUUCCUUCACCUAUCCUGAAAGUUCAGUAUCACCCUCGAGACCAAAACAGAGUUUUGGUUUGUCCCAUGAAGUCUGCACCAGUGAUGCUGACACUGUCAGACUCCAAACACGUUGUGCUUCCUGUGGAUGAUGAUUCUGAUCUCAAUGUCGUGGCCUCCUUUGACAGGCGAGGGGAAUACAUUUAUACAGGCAAUGCCAAAGGGAAGAUCUUGGUCUUAAAAACAGACACUCAGGAUCUCGUUGCCUCCUUCAGAGUGACAACUGGAACCAGCAACACCACAGCUAUUAAAUCAAUUGAAUUUGCUCGGAAGGGAAGCUGCUUUUUAAUAAACACAGCUGACCGGAUAAUCAGGGUGUAUGAUGGCCGUGAAAUUUUAACCUGUGGGCGAGAUGGGGAGCCUGAACCAAUGCAGAAGCUGCAGGAUUUAGUGAACAGGACACCGUGGAAGAAGUGUUGUUUCUCUGGUGAUGGUGAAUAUAUAGUGGCAGGUUCUGCACGUCAGCAUGCUCUCUACAUUUGGGAGAAGAGUAUUGGAAACCUGGUGAAAAUCCUCCAUGGGACCCGAGGAGAGCUGCUCUUGGAUGUAGCAUGGCAUCCUGUCCGACCAAUCAUAGCUUCAAUUUCCAGUGGUGUCGUGUCAAUAUGGGCUCAGAAUCAAGUGGAAAACUGGAGUGCCUUUGCACCUGAUUUCAAAGAGCUGGAUGAAAAUGUAGAAUAUGAAGAGAGAGAGUCAGAGUUUGACAUUGAAGAUGAAGAUAAGAGUGAACCAGAACAGACAGGUGCUGAUGCUGCAGAAGAUGAAGAAGUGGAUGUAACGAGUGUGGAUCCCAUUGCUGCUUUUUGUAGCAGUGAUGAAGAACUGGAGGACUCCAAGGCUCUACUUUACUUACCCAUUGCUCCUGAAGUAGAGGAUCCAGAAGAAAACCCCUAUGGGCCUCCACCUGAUGCUGUUCAGAGUUCCUUAACUGAUGAGGGUAUAGGAUCUGAGAAGAAGAGGCAGUCAUCCUCUGAUGGACCUCAGGCACCAAAGAAGAAGCCCAAAACCACCAACAUAGAGCUACAAGGAGUACCUAAUGACGAAGUCCAUCCGCUGCUGGGUGUGAAGGGAGAUGGUAAAUCCAAGAAGAAGCAAGCAGGCAGGCCUAAAGGAUCAAAAGGUAAAGACAAAGAUUCUCCAUUUAAACCGAAACUCUACAAAGGGGACAGAGGUGCUUUACCUCUGGAAGGAGCAGCGAAGGGUAAAGUGCAGGCGGAGCUGGGACAGCCUUUGACAGCAGGUGGUGCCAUCUCAGAACUGUUAUGAAGAUCCUCUUCUUUAUCCUCCUCUGUUCUUUCCCGUAUUGGCACCAUAACAUGGAGAAUAGAUGAAGCAGUCAGAACGGACUGACUUUAAUACAGCAGCCUGAUUGUUCAUGAAUUCAGGGAGUGACUUUUAUAAGAAAUGAGUAUCGAAGAGGAAACGGCCUUCGUUCUUCCUUAAUUGCCUCUUGGUUGAGCAGUGUGAGAUGCUGACUCUCAGGUCAUGCAGUUUGCAAAGAGACUGACUGGACUGCCUUCAUGUUGGCACGUGUAAUGUUCUGCACUGAGCUGGUACCCGACCCUCUGCCACUCCAGAGCUCAUAAGCAUUGUCUUUUAAGUAAUUUUUUUUGUUCCUGGAUUGAAAAAUACCCAAAGUGUGUGUUUUUAUUCCUGAUACCAAUGACUGUGUAUCCUCCAAACUUCCUUUUCUUUGCUGUUAAUUCCCAUUUUCAGUGAGUUGUGGGCCUUUCUGUGCCAGCUGCAUUGCCUUGCAGCUUUGGUUAGCUCUGUGUGAUGUCUUCUAUGCUGACAUGCUUAGUGAAACUGCUGCUGAUUAUGUGCCAGGUUUGAUUUCAUCUCAAGUGGAUAGAGACCUAAUGUGAAGAAUCAAGACACCCUCUGAAGUCUGCAAAGAAUGAAUUUUCAUGUUGUUAAUAUUUUAGACACGAAGGAUGACUCUGCUGAUGGGAAGAGGAGCACAUGGAGGUAGCUCUAUAUAAAAUACAGUCUAGACAGAAGUGUAUAAACUGAGUGGUAUGAAGAGCAGUGUUGGCAGUGUCUCUCCUUGCAAGUGUGUUUAUUCUUUUUCCAUUUAAGAUGCCCCACCAGGAAUGCUGUUUCCUCCUUAGCUGCUAUAUACUGGUACUUAGAGAAGCAACAGCCAAUAUUUCUCCUAACUGAAACUGUAUUUUUUUCAGCUACGCUUCCAGGACUUAAAGAUGAAAUGAAUAACGGUGUGAUUGUAAAAGACAAACAUAUGGACCAUGAAUUUUUAAAAAUGCCCUUUUUUUUUUUUUUUUCCCUCUUUUCUAUUUCUGAAUCAAGAAUAGAAGGUGAAUGCUCACAGCUUAUUUCCAGCUGUGCUUUAACCUUUCACUUGUAAUAUUUUCCUUGUGGGAAUGGGGUAGAGACACUUCUCUCUAUCUGGUAUCUGCAUCCAGAUCUUUCUGUACCAGACUUAGUUUUCAUUCCCAAUGCCCUUUGUUUUGUAGAGACUUCCUACACAAUUACCUUCAGGUUUUCCCCAGGUGUAAUUAUUGAGGUUAUCACCAACUAUUUAGAUUUCCAAAGCAUCCUGCAGACAUUAAAAGCUGAGGAGUCAUAAGGAGAGGUGUUAAUUUACAGUGGGAAGCAUGCAGUGGUUACAUGAUACAUAAGCAUGGCAAGAGAGGAGACGUGUUAAAUCAGAAGGAUUUUACAAACUGGUAUUUUCAUUUCCCGCUUUGGUACAGUGAUCUGCUUAAUGCCAUUUGUUCCCACGUGUGCAGCAUUGGUUUUCUUUGUUCUUUCUGCUCGUAGGAUGGCUUGCAUCUCCUGUGGAAAACUGUUUUGUCAAACCUGCCCAUACGUGGCGUGGCUGAACGCAAAAGCUUCACAAGAUGCACAGGCAAUGGCUCUCCUGGUUGUGUUAAAGCGAAUCAUUUGCCACAGACUCCAGCCUUCAUUUUUGUUAAAACCUCUCUGUACAGUCUGUAUGUCCUUGGUUUGUUGUCUUCUCUCUUUUAUUUUAUUACCUGACGUCUGUAGUUUUGUACAAUACUGGUCAGAUCCUGGCUUGGUGGUAGCAUAUAGCACUGGUUUAGGUUUGUGUCUGUAAAUAAAGAGGUAUGUUUUAUUUCCUAAA